CAAUAUGUACACACUCUCUAUCUAACAGUUUACAGUUUUAUUAAACCUACAAAGGAAAGCAUUUCCUAUUCCGUGAGAUAAAUAAAGUACCACACCUAGUACCCGGUCUCUUUAUGUUGUCUACCUGUUAUGAUCUAUUAUAAUGCUGUCCAACUGAAUAUGUUGAAAUCUGCAUGUAUGAACUUGAUAUAGAUAAAACUUUUAAAAGUAUAUACACAUCUUUGGGUAGAUCACUUGUCGACAGUUUUUGGACACUGUAUAUGAAUUUUAGAAUGGAUGUGAAAAAGGAAAAUCUUGCAUCAAUGGUUAUUGAGAUGUGUAGUAUUUUUUCCUCAACCUUUCAGACUAGAGAGAGAUUGAGUAUUAAUUCGGGAAUAACAUAGAGAGAUAUUCUGAUGACACCAUCACACCUGAGCCAGGGAAUUUAGUAUAUAGUGACAGUCUAGCCUUUUGAACCAUCAUUGCCUACACGGAGAAGAUCUCGUGAAUGUGACUUUGUGAUGUAAGGGUUUUGACUACAGACAAAGGGAGACAAAGUCUGGAUUUCGGACUCCUUGCCGAUUUCUCUGGUGACGCAGUUUGUAUUACUGAAGUUGUUCUGAGAAUUUAUUCUUACUUAGCAUAAAAAAGUAUUGGUUUUAUCAAUGUAAAUUAUAUUGCAUGCAAUGUUACAGGCAGUGGGGGAUUUGUUGUCGGGGAGAAGAUCGUAAAAGGUUGCACAUAUUGGUAGGAAGGUAAGACACUGAAUGCGAAAAUUUUGGAUUUAGCUUGCCUGAGCUGAAGGGGAAAUAAGUGAGGUAUGACGUGCAUUAUGUAGGGGGUCAAAUGAAUUUUUUCUUCAGAACCAUUUAAAUACACAAACACGUAUUACAUUGUGACGAUUCAAGAGCUUAAAUCCCUGAAUAAGGGAGGGUCAUAAGAGACUGAAUCGAAAUUGUUUUAAUCAUAUUUUAUUUGUGAGAACAUAUUAUUUACAAGUAAUUUUGCAAGACCACUUGUUUGCAAAAGUUUAGAUCUCGCAAAUAAAUUUUUAAGAUAUAGAAGACUUGGGGAAUAAAUAAUGAUUUACGAAAGUCAUGUCUCGUGAAAAAAAAAUACUUCAUUGUAUCCUUGCAAAAUAUAAGUGAUCUACAGUACUUAAAAAAUCUUGAUCAAUCUACCUCUUGUUCUAAAACUACUAUUUAUGAAAUAGUAAUAUACAAGAAUCUGUAUAUGACGCUGAUAAAAGCCAUGACAUUCAGGCCAGAGAGAGGAGUAUGCGUAGUAAAACUCAUUUAUAUCAUAUCUCAAGAGACUGGAAAAUGCUAAGUUACAAGUCGUGAAUAUAUUAUAGCUACUUUCAGGAAAUAUACUGGCCAUGCUUUUUCUUACCAGCAUGGCCACAUCUUAAUAUUGAAUUACAAACAUUUUUAAAAAUCACAUUUUGUGAACUCUUGACUUUUGAGUCCAGAGUUGGGGAAAUUAAAAUAUUGAAUUAUAAUGAAAACAUAAACUACCUGGUCUGUGGUUCAAUUUGAUUAUUUUUCUCAACUUUUUGGUUGAUUACUGAACAUUGGUGAGAUAGAGGGGUUCAGUGUACUUGAACAUUGUCCUGUGAGUACAGGUUUGAGAGAUGGUGGUGUACUUUAUAUAGUGAGAAGGGGUUCAGAUAUUUAUAAUUGGAGUUGAAUGAACUAGUGCUUUAAUUUAUGACAUGAAUUUGCUUCUAGAAUGUACAUAAAAAUAUAACAAAUUCUUUUUCUCCUCCGGUAGUUGGAAACAGUUGUUCCUAAAGCAUUUUGAGAACAGCUCUUUUCCUCUGUGAUUAAGACGUUCAAGUGAUUUAUAAACUGAAGUGUGUACAAGAUUUUCACUUUUGUAUUUUCUUUCUCUUCAUUUUUGCAGACUUGCCACUCUUCAUGGUCAUUAUUUCUGACAGAUCCUUUAAUACAAUCUAAAGCCGACCCUCUUUCCUGAUUACAAAGUCUCCUUCAUUUCAGAUUGUGCUUUGCCCUGGUGUCAUUCUUCAGUCUUUAUUCGAUCUCCUUUUACAAUGGAUUUCGGUUUGUUCUUAUCAGACUGAAUUUCCUCUCUGGCAUUUUUUGUCUAUUUUGUUUGAUAAACUUUAUACUCGUGAUUUCUCAAGUGACAUAUUUUUUAGCAUUUCUAUCCAUUUUCAUGAAACACAAGUGUUUUCAGCUGGGUUUGCCGACUUUAAUGCACUGUUUGUAUUCAUCUCUGGUUCUGCUGAUGUUUUGGAAUAUUGGGAUCCGGAAUUCUGAAUGUUACGAUCUGAUGGCACAUGUUUGUAAUGGGACUGAUACGGCUGAUCCUGGAUAGAAUUUUAUUCUGUUUAUUUUAUUCCCUCUUCUGCUCCAUAGUCAUUCCAUUUUAAGAUUUUCAUUAUUAUGGUUACCAUAUGUUCAUCUUGUGACCAUUCUUAUUAACCUACUUUUACACAGUAUCUUGGCUCAAAGUUCACAGUCACAAGCUUGGGACUCAGUAAUUGGAAAUUUAAGGGGGAAAUUUACAAAUUGUCAAAGAGAUUUUUCAUUAUGAUUAAAAAUGCCAUAACAUCUUUAAAUAUGUAUAGUCUUUUCUAUUGGUUGUGUGUGUGUUAUUUGAAAUUAUGAAAAUUUAGAAUUACAUUACACAGAAUUUCCUUCUUAUUGCAGUGUGUUGUUGAGUGUAAGGACAGGUGCUCUCAGAUUAGGAGUGUUGGUGCUGUAGUGCUGGCAACCAUUUCUGGCAGAACUUAAGAAAUGCUGCAGGCAAGUGCCAAAAGCCUGGCCAUACUGUAAACCUAGCAAACCCUAAAGUAAACUGUUUACUUUUUCAUUUUCUUAGUUUUAAACUCUUUCUGUAGGAAAUGUGCUUUGAACUUGGGAGAGUAGGACUUGGUUUAUCUUAUGGUUUUUCGUAGUAUAAGCCAUUCAUUUCCUUCCACCCUCCCCUCUGGCAUUCCCUCAAAUUCUUUUUAACAAGUCAUCAAAAUAUGAUCAUCACCAAGAGAUGUGAAACUUCAGCAGAAUUGGGUGACAAUAGACUUGUACAUUUCACUGAUGUGUGUUGGUUCCAGCAGAAAUCACAUUUUAACAAUAUGGCUACAGUAUUGUAGAAAAACAUAACUAAAGGAAGGGAUCGUCAAACACCCUAAUCAAAUUCAUUGAUUUGAAAUAUUUAAUUAUGAUAUAUUCCAUGUGUAGUUUUCCUUAGUCUGGUGUUUUCAUUCUCCGUAUUUCAUUGUAAGGUGUUGUCGUAUUUUAUGAAAUUUUUAUCCCUAAGAUUGAUUUUUAUUUCAGGUGAUUUGACUGAUGCACAGGACUUUGGCCCUUCUGAUGGUAAAUUGCUGAGGUCAGCAUAAACUGGUAACUUUUGUACAUAUAUAGAUCAGGAACCAGUUGUGCGAGGGUUAGUUAACUUGAACAGACAGUAAACUUCCUGUUAACUCUUGCAUGUAUAUAGCAUUAACUGGACGUUAACUGUCAGUUAAACUUAUCUCAUCUUCGUGCUACUGGGUCCUAAUGAUAAUCUUAAUUACUUAAUUAAAGGGGCAUUAGAUGUUGUUAUGUCACCAAAAAUUGAAUUCAAUGAAGAUUGCUCUACAUUUCAGUACUUACAUCAGUAUUCAUUUAUUUCAAACCCUUUUUAACCUCAAAGCAGGCACAUGAAUAUGUAAUUUUGGUGAUCAAAUAAUUAUUGUCUUGCAAGACAAUAAUUCUUCCUUAAAUAUAAUUCUUUACACUAAAAGCGUAUCUGACGUAAUUUUAUCAUGUUUGUCUUGUUUUUGUACAAAAUAAAUGUUUUAUCAGUCAUUGAUAUACAUUCCUAUGCCACUGAGAGAUUUUGACGAAAAAAUGGUUGCCAUCACUUUCACAGCUAAUGCCCCUUUAAAUUGUUUGAAUAUUUCUAUUCUUCUUUUUCUGAUAGUAAAGUAAAGAUGGUAUUCGAAAUUGAAUUUAUGUCAAAAUUUUGGUGUCUCAGUGUCUGCACUCAUUAUGUGUUUUGAGUUUCAGUGGUUUCUAAAGAUUGUAAAGUGAGAUAAGAAUAAAAUACACAAAAAUGGAGGUUUUAAAUCUAUUGGCCAAUAUCUAAGCACCUGUUAGGUAACAGUUUAGAAAUGGGAUUCCUUGUGAUGUUAGGCAUUUGUAAACAGGGUCAAAAAAAAACCUUAUGCAAACUGAAUAUGCAGAUUUCUUUAGAAAUGAUUGGCCACAAUCAGACUUGCAUUUUUCAGGUGCAGUCUUUCUUAUCUCCAUGUAAGGCCCAAAGUUCAAAGUUUGUGUAGGACAUGAUCUCCAUGUUAGAAUUGACUUUUUGAUUUAUUUGGGGAGGGGAGUCCUUUUCAUGAAACAUUGUAAAUUCUUUCAAUGUGACACAAGAAGUAGAAUUUUUUUUUUUUGGCAUUUUCAGUUAGAAAAACAUUAUAUGAGAGAGCCUGAGAGGGGGAAAAAUGGAAAACUCAUUUUUAAUGCAGUUUAUGAGAAAUAUUUAUAAAUGUUACAGUCCAUUAAGCAUGUAUAUCUGUAGACUAAAGGUAGCUCUUCCACACUCGGUCAGAUAUGAGCCAGCUAAACGGAGCAAACCAAGUCAAAUAUGAAAUUGUGGUUGAAGAGGUAUGCAGGUACAAUUUGGGUAUUGAUCCUCUGAUGAAAAACCCCAGGAUUUGGAGGACAAUCCCAUUUUGGAGUUAUCUGAAUACCCAUGUAAACAGAGUGGGCAAACAAAGCCUAAAACCCCAGUAGUGAUUGUAGGUCAGAUGACUAGUAUAACUGAUUUCCUCGCUUUUUUAACAAAGGCCCAUUUCCCCCCAAUUCGUACCUGUGCUCGACUGAUUAAGGCCCCAUUAAAUUCUACAUGGUAAAAUGAUUCUGUUGUCGGAGUUAAACCUAGGAUGGUAAUUACAGCAACGUAAUAUUCCUCUUAUUUGGAAUUUUUUGUUAUGGUCUAAAUUAUCUGUUUGUUAGGGGGGCGAUUUUCUUUGCCUGUUAUACAAUGGAUGAGCUCUUUAUCCUAUUCAAACAGACAACUUUAUUUUCACCAAAAAACAACUAACUCUCAAUGAAACAUUUGAAAUUGUAAUGAAUGUGUAAUGAUGUACACAGUUCUGUUGGGUGCAGAAGAUAUUCAAUUCUUCUUCCACAAUAUUCCCUCUACGGAGCCUUAUUUAAAUUAUUCCAAGGCUUUUAAAUCAGUUGCCAGGUACUUAAUUCAAAAAGAAAAUAUCUUCCAGGUAGUGGAAUGAAUCUUAUAUUUCAUUCUGUGCCGUUAUAGGUGACGGGGGUUAUACUUAGGCAUUUGUUUGUCUGUCAGUACUCCAGACCCGGUGCACCCGCAAUCAGAUUAGGAAAUGGGGUGGCCGCUAUUUGCUUUUGUAAUGCCAUCAGGCUAUUUAUUUUUCACAUUACCCAAACUAUGAAAUAGAAAGGGUGUCAAUAUUGUUUAAUCAACAAGACAUGUCAAAAGAUUUGAAUUAUCUUAAAAUUUUGUAAAUGCAGAGACAGGAUAAGGAUAUUGUAGCAGUUAACAAUAGCGUGGAAGGGGGGGGGAUGAAUGAAUUGCAUUAUUUGUUGUAGUUAGAUAUAGAAUUGUGUGUUUGAAUUCUGUUUCUUGUAGUACUCUAACUGAACAUGCAAUGCAAUGACUCAUGGAAUCCCAUCACUUGUACAGUGUCAACUAAUUGUGUUAUGUAAUGCUCACAAUUACAAAAUUUUACAUAUUAGUUGCAUUUUUGUGGGUGGUUAUCUUUUGUGAUCAGGAUUAAGUUAACUUGGUGUAACCUCUGUGGAGCAUUCUCUGUACAGUUUAUCAGAUAGGUGUCUUUUUUUGUCCUGCUGGUUCCUCUUUUAUGUCUACUUUACAUCUACACAGGGCUCCAAAGACCUCCCCCAGCUUACACUCCAUGGGCAGAAAUUACAGAAAUGUGAUCUAAUUAUCCUCCAACAGCAACCUGUGUUGUUUACAGGGAGGUUUGAAUGCCUCCGAGUUCGGAAUUCCAAAUUUUUAGCUGGAGAAAAAAAAUUUGAUUUUAAAAUUAAUUGUUUGCACUUUUAGGCACUGCAUAACAGUUUGGGAAAAUCUAGAGGGAUGUGCAGUCUCCUCAUUGUUGAUAUGAUACUGACUGUGAAUGCAGAGAAUGUAGUGGACAAUGUCCAAACACAUGGAUCCACCCCACUGGACAACUGAACAAGUUCAUCAAAAGGCAAUGGUUUUUUUCUUUUCAGGGAGUCCAUGUCCUUGGUGUUUGUGAAGAGGAUAACAUCAGUAAUUGCAUUGACAUCCAUACUGGCCACUCCAGUCACUGGCUGGAACUCAUUAUUUCUUACUCAAGAUUAAUUACAGAUUACUUCCAGUGCUAAUCCCUCUGACCCCCUUGAUCUUUUACUGUUUGUUUUGAUACAGAGCUGUAGAGAGAUGUCUGCUGCUGAUUAUUGUAUAAUGUGUGGCUUUAUGGACAUGAUCUUACUUCUGUUGUAAUGAAAUUAACCCCCCCCCCCCCCCCCCCCCCCCCCAAUCCUUCCAUCCACUAUUGUAAAAAAUAUAUAUUUUCCAUCCUUCAAUUGAUACCAUUUAAAUAUAUUUGCUUCAUUUCCACCAAUCAUGCUGACAAUUUUGGCGUCCUGUUAAUUUAAAAAUAACAAGUUACAUCAUAGUAAUAAUAGUUUGCUCAGUUGACCUUUCCGAUUUGACAAGGAAAACAGUAUCGUCCCUACGUAAAGUAGACUAUCAUUUCAAAACAUUAGGAAAUUGGAUUUUCUCGCACAAGUUUUAAAAUUUCCAAAUUAAAGUUGAGGAUUUUAAAAUCUUUAGUAUUACUUCACUGGGCAUCCUAAUAAUAUGGCAGCGUCUGCAUUGUGUUGGGCAUUUGUAAAAAUAACCACAGGGUUAAAAUCAAGUCUUUUUAGUAUUUCCACUGAUGCAUUUCGAUCUAUUUUCCAUAAUACACAAGUAUCGGCUUUUCUUUUGUAUAAACGGACCAAAAGAAUUACCGUGUCAGGAACACCGACAUUUAGAAGGGGGGGAAAAGGAUUUUUUGGGGGAGAUAUAUCUUUUGCCUUUUAAAGAAUAAUGCCAAAUAUUGUUAAUUUUCUGCUUCAAUGUUUAGAAGCCGUUGUAUAUUUAGCAUCAGGGUUUGAUUGUGUUUCUGACCACGGGAUCAUUAGUUCUCCUCACCUGGUCAGGUGUGAAGAGCUGAUACAGCUAGCAUGACCCAAGGCCUAGAUGUCAUAGGGGGUGAGUGACAUUGGCCUGCCAGUCAUUUAUCUUCAUGUCUGCUGGAAAUUCAAGUAAUUAGCGACAUAAGAAAGAGCACAGUCUAAGAUUAUGCGCAUCUAUCUCGGCGCAUGCAGUCGUUGUUUCAUGCGUAUGUACUUUCAGCGCUUUAUUUCAACGCUCGGCAUUUAGAAGUGAGAAUCACGGGAUUCUCGGACAUGACCUUGAAAACAGAUCCCCGUGUCGCGACAGGCGUUGGGAAUAUUACUAUUGGCCUGAGCGCUAAGCAUAGGUCUAAAUUUGUGGUACUUGCCAUAGUUAGUGACGUCUCGAUAUGAGUGAAAAAUUUCUCGACGGGACGUAAAACAAACCAUAUUCAUGGUAUUUAAUAAUAUGCAAGCAAUACAUAAAUGUGACACACACACACACACACACCCUUUCUAUUCUUUUUUGGUCAUGAAAACUUUGGUAAAGAAAGCAAUAUAUAAUAUGAUAUGAAGCGAGGCUCUGGGGAUCAUGGCUAACUCAAUUUUGAUCUAAGUUUUUCUUUAUAAUAAGGAAUUUAUAGUGGAAAAAGUGUGACUUGGCUCUUAAGUGAUACGGACUGAGUUUUGCUGCUCCAGGGCUCGAGGUAUAUGUUAUACAUCUGUUUCCUUGGCUUUUGUUGGGCCUGAUUUUCAGUGGAGAGGGGGGCAUGACAUGCCCUGGAGGGAGGAAGGAUGUUUGCUCUCUGAGGAAGUUCCAGAAAAUCGACGCGUCUCUCUCGGGAUGGUUGAAGAACACCUUGUUUUCUAUUUACACACAGGAAAGGUUCUCCUGCCAGAGGGUUUCAGAUCCUUAAAUUUACAUAAAGUAUUGAGACAAAUCAGGAAGUACAGACACUUAGAAUGGGAGAGGACCCCGAGCCCCCUGUUAUUAUUGUCAACGCGUCUUUACACAGAAAAGAGUUGAGGAUUAAUCACAAAGUCGGGAAGACUGCAGGAUGGGAAUUCAAUUUCAAAAGGGAACCAAGCAAAUUCUUCAAAAUAGGUUAAGGAGAAAUUGGUUAGACUAGCCAGACUUGUUGUUUUAAGAUCCGUUUUUCUUACUGCGCAGGUGUACUGUAUCUGUUUUCAUAUUUUUAAUUGCAGAUGUUUACAAGUGUUCGAUGCCCACCCACCGAUCAUUUGUUUUUUUCUGAUUUCACUAAUGACAGACAAAUUUCAGAUUCUCUUUCAAUACAAAAAUCAAGUCAGUUUUAUUUAAAACGAGAGAUUUCCUUUUUUCUUUUUUUUUUUCUUUUUUUUUUUUUUUUUCUUUUUCUUUUUUUUUUUUUUUACUUUUAAAGAAAUUCAAGCAUGAAUCAUGGCCUAGAAAUCGUUUCUCACAGUUUUAUCCUAGUGGUUGGAGCGUUCGCUUCGCAAGGUCCUGGGUUCGAUUCCCGAUCCGGCGCCACGUCCAGCCCAAGACGUUUAACAGGCGGUGACUGUUCCUUUGCCAAACGUCCGGCUUUGAGGGUGAAAAAUCAAGAAGUAUUUCGGCUGAUGGCGGAGGUCCCGUGUCUCGGUCAAUUGUCAGCUCGUGAUGAAGUAGCUCCAUAGAGUGAACAAGUGUUGAAGGGGGGGGGGGGGGGUACAAGUUCACUGAUCGCAGUUGAAUUGUCGUUUAGCAAACAGUCAGCCCCCAUCUCGGAAUGCAGACAAUUGUUCUUCAGUCAUUUAUAAAUUUGUUUUUCUAUGCAUAUAUAUUGAUUAAUUUUUAUGAUUAUAAAAUUGAAUGAUCAGUAAUCGACUUGUUUUAUUAGCAAAACACGAAUUGUAAGUGAGAUGUGUAUCAAUUACGUACAAAAGAAUAUCGCAGAAUAAUGACCGCGGUAUUCCUUUGAUCUUUGCAGUAACUGCGGUAGAAAUAUAUAUAAAACGUAGUUCUUCCAUUAUUUUGUCUUCACAGGGACUGUAGCUGUGUAUAUGAUAUUUGUUUUAACCUUUUGACAGAAAAUGACUUUGACAUUUUACCAUAAUAAGCAAAUCGACAGCGUUCUGGAAAUUGACAAUAUAUAUAUGGUCAAGGUAAUUCAACAAGUGUGUAAAAUGUUUGUGCAUUUGAUAAUGCAAAGCAUCAAAUGCGCAGAGUUUUAUACAAAGUACGACUGCAAACUAAAAUGACUAAUAGUGAGUACAAUACUGAAAGUAACCAAGGGGAGAAAGGACACGACACAAAUCAAUAAACAACAAUAAAAAACAACAACGAGAGGAGGAUAACCGUAGAGAUGUAGCAGAACUUGUAACAUGUGGCGGUUAUCAUUGUGUAAUGAAGCAGCAAAGUGCAGAAGGUCAAGAGAAAUGUGGAAAGCUGGACACGGUAGUAACGAGCAACAAAUAUUGGUAUGGAUCGUCAAUGUGUAGGUACCCCAGUACGAGAGGGAGUGGGAAACUUCGACUGCAUGGAGAGAAUAUCAAAAACAACUGGACGACCAGGGAGAUGGAACAGAAAGCAAAAAAUUUAAAGACUUUACGAUUAUUUUUUCUCGGUCAUGUGAACUGAUUUCUUACUACAUUAAUGUAUCUCUAUGUCAAUAAUGUAUAUUUAAUCAGUCUUUGGUGAUGCACGCCAUGUCCACAAAUUUGCGACAUUUACAUAAACUUUUGACAAAAUAUUAAUAAUAUGACAUGUUUUGAGUCAGUAAAGAUAGUAAUUGCAGUGCCUUGACAUUGAAUUCGUGAUUUACAUGUGAAAGGUCGCCCAUCGUAAACGAUGUACCUGUUGUCUUAAAACAUAGUACCGCUAGAGCGGUGUGUGUUAGUACUGUUGAUUUUAUAGGUAUACUUAAGCACUUACCAAAGAAAAAAAAAAUCUCGUUCAAUAGAGUUAUGUGAAUUUUUCUUCUCGUUUUUUAUUGCACACGCGACUAACCAUCUCCAAUUUUUUGAAUGGGGUCACGUGACACGCCUGAACAGCAGACUAGGAUCAGCGUGCUUACAAUCUCACAAGAGUUUAUGUUGAUGUUCGAGACGGACCGACAGCUUUUGGAUUUUGUUAUGAAUUUUUUUUCAAUUGUGGGAAUUACUCUGCUUCAAUCUUAAUCAACAGUCUGUUUAUAUUCAUACGGAUUAAAAGUGAUGGUUUCUAACUGGAUUUUUUAAAUAAAAAAAAUUUAAAAAGUUUUUAAGAAGUCGCCAAUUUUGAAGGUAAGCUGUAUAAAGAGAUGGUAUACAUGUAGAAACCAUGUAUCUCCGUUCUAUGAAUUUGCAAUAAUUGAUUCAUUUAAGUUUUGAUCGUUGAUAAGUUUUAAAACUUUUAAAUCACAACUUGUGGGCCCAGCUGUGCACGCUGCUUUCGAUUAACUAUGCGUUUGUGAGGAAUUCAGGAAAAAGUCUUGAUGAAAGUUAGUAAAAAUGAGGUGGUUGGCGGUUUUUUUUUUUUUAAACGUUUGGCAGGAAGUACAUGUCACCAGAAUACUUUGAUUGAUGCCCACUUAUCGCUGCGGACAAUGUAGAUAAUUACAUAACGGUUACAGGCUAUGCCAUUCUAUGAGUGUGAAGUUUUUCUCCGAAGUAGCCACCGGGUAUCGCGUCACCUGCAAUUAAAGGUGACGACGAAUUCGUUUGGAAAAAAAUAUAUAAGGGAACUGGUCAGAUUACCACUUGGAGAGAGUGAUGUAGGGACAGUUUCCCUUCAAGAAAUGGGCCUUAUUCGGACAGUGACUCUCGUAUUUAUUAUUGCUCUGAAUUAUGGUUUCACAUUGGCCUCGACAACUACACCAACUACAGGCAAAGCCCCUCUAUUGAAACCAGAGGAUGACCUACCGUUGGAGUCCAUCAAAGUGAACGAGGGCUCUAAGUUAAGACUGCGAUGUAAAGUUUCCGGUGAUCCUCGACCAUUCACUACCUGGUACAAGGAUGGAGAAAAGAUCAAACCACGAAAUGAUAAAAGACUGAGAAUAAACCGUAAUUCCCUGCUGAUAGUUCAACCUCGAGAACAGGACAGCGGGCUGUAUUCCUGUCACAAACAGAACCAGUAUGGGGAGGUGUGGAAAAACUACUCACUCACUGUCAAAAAUGAAAAGAAAAGUUUGGAAUCUAACAGUGUUGAUUGCAAGACCACUGGCCCACCACAAUUCAAGGACAAAAGUGAUCUAAAUGAAUGGAUAGCCAGGCCUUCUCAAGCACCUGUUGACUUUAAAUGCAAUGUCUGUGGCAAUCCGGAGCCCAAUGUCACAUGGUACGUCAGUGGACGACGUAUCGACGCGAGCGUCAUCGGUGCUAAGUAUAAAGUAAAAAAGAAGACAUCCUUGACCGUGGAAUCUCUGACGAAGAAAGAUGCUGGAAAUUACACCUGUGUGGCUCAGAAUGAGCACGGGUCUAUCAACCACACAUACGAACUCAAAGUUAUUGAUCGGGUGUUAACAAAGCCUGUGAUCCAAGGACCAGUGAACCAGACCGUGACUUACAGGGACGAUGUAAAGUUUGAAUGUAUAGUGGUCAUGAGUGACCUUCAACCCCACAUCCAGUGGCUGAAACAUUACCAGGUCAAUGGCUCCUUCACCAAUGAGGAUGAAGAGCCUUACGUCCACAUCAUACAGAAUUUACAGCAAGGCAGUAAGCAAUCCUCCUUCAACUUGACCAGGCCUGAGAUUUUGUACAUCAGAAACGUGACUUACGAGGAUGCUGGCUGGUACACCUGUUUAGUGACCAACUCCAUGGGGCGAGCCUACCAGAGUGCCUGGCUGACCGUUGAAGAUUCAAAAUGUGAUAACUGCACAAAUUCCACAGCUGACUCUCUGCUGGAACCAGUUCCAGAAUCAGCCAAAGUCAUUCAGCAAUUCCCACCCCCCAGGAACAAUAUGACCCUGGUCAUUAUCAUUACUGUGGUCUGUUCUUCUGUCCUACUUGUUGUCCUGGUUAUCUUCGCUGUGUGCUGGAGGAGGUGGAAGCUGAGGGGCAAGAAAUUCACCAAUGUCAAGAGGGUCAUAGUCAUGAGACCAAAUGAGAUUUAUUACCCCAACAAGAUUGGACAGGAAGGUCAAGCUCUGAUUGUCCCCCAAGUUCGAAUUGAGCAAACAAAUCAGCGUCGUCGUCUGUCAUCUGACCUAACCGUGAUGUCAGAGUACGACCUUCCGCUUGAUAAAAACUGGGAGUUCUCGAGAGAAAGACUUGUCAUGGGUAAGACUUUGGGUGAAGGAGCCUUUGGUGUCGUGAUAAAAGGAGAUGCACAUGGCAUAUCAGGCAAAAAUGGAGUCACAACAGUGGCAGUCAAAAUGUUGAAAGAGGAUGCCACAGAUCGUGAGCUUACCGACCUAAUUCAGGAGAUGGAGGUUAUGAAACUUAUCGGUAGUCACAAGAACAUCAUCAAUCUACUGGGCUGUUGCACUCAGAAUGGGCCGUUGUAUGUAAUUGUGGAAUUCGCUCCGAACGGAAACUUGCGUGAUUUUCUUCGCAGCAGGAGGCCGCCCAAUAGUGGGUACGAGAAACCUGUGGGCGAAGACAACACUUCAAAAGAGACUCUCUCCGAGAAAGAUUUGAUUUCAUUUUCAUAUCAGAUAGCCAGGGGCAUGGACUACUUAUCCUCUCGUCAGUGCAUCCACAGAGAUUUAGCGGCCAGAAAUGUGCUAGUGGCGGAGGACUAUGUGCUAAAAAUAGCUGAUUUCGGUUUAACAAGAAAUGUGACGAACAUCGAUUACUACAGGAAAACAGGAGAUGGUCGUCUUCCAGUGAAAUGGAUGGCUCCUGAAGCCUUAUUCGAUAGAAAAUAUACCUCAAAAAGUGAUGUAUGGUCAUACGGAGUGCUUCUUUGGGAAAUCUUCACUCUGGGAGGAAACCCCUACCCCUCGGUGCCUGUGGAGCGACUGUUUGAGUUGUUACGAAGUGGUCAUCGGAUGGAGAGACCUCCCUAUGCCUCGAAGGAAAUGUACAACCUGAUGAGUAACUGUUGGUCCGAUGCCCCAGCUCGUCGUCCUACAUUCCUCUCCUUGGUCAAAGACCUUGAUAAAAUGUUAACAUGUCGAGGGGAGGUGAGUGACGACCGAAUGAAGAACGCCGGGAAGUGCUUGGCUCGGAUUAUACAUGAGUAUUUGGAUUUGGAGCCGGGAGUGAUGCCUCUCCUUGAAACGCACAUCAGCACGUCAGAUAGCCAAUAUUCCUCAAUGUCUCGGAGUUGUAGCAGUGUGUCGGAUGAAGUGAUCAGCCACACAAACAGUAGUAGUGAUUCCGAUAAGGAGGAGGUGUCAUAGUGGAGGGAGAGAACUGUCUCAAAACUUUUUGGAUUGGCAGCUUUAUUUCACUGUAUACACAAGCAGAGGGUGAACCAGCACAAAGUUAAUGUUGAAAGCAUGGACGCCCAGGAGUGUGGACCGCUCUCCAAUGUUAAAAAGAAACCCUCGGUGACUUUGAGUUGUAGCGUUGCAAUCGGAGAAAAUCUAUGCAAACUGACACAAGCAAGCAACAGUGCAUGCUAAAAAGACCUCUUGGUUUACAGUGGAGGCACACGUUAUACUGAAUGUUGUGUAGUGUUCCGUUAACAUAGGGCAUAUUAUUGCUUUUAAUAACACUCGGUAAGUAUUGUGACAUCAUAAUCAUUUGAUAGUCCCAUGAUGCAUUGCGCAGAAUGUCAGACAGACCUUGGUUCAUACGCACCGCUACUGUGUUCAUGGUUGUGCAGAGGCCAGUGUUUAAACAUGUUCACAUUACAAAGAUUCACGGCAUGAUCACCUAGACGUUUUAACCAAGGGAAACUUGGCUAGAUUUGGAGUGGACUCCCAGUCUGAACAUUCGUCGAUGAUCAAACAAGUGCUUUAUAUACUACUUACCAAAGUUCAAAGGAACAAACGUUUUAUUGAUCAUGUAGAUUAGCAUACUUCUAAGUGAAGAAUUCCACAUUCAGUGUAUGUAACAAAAAGCAGGAAUCGUUUCUGUUAAUUUUGUUUUGAAUGCGAUAGUUACACCAAUGAAAGACUUAGAAAUAGAUACAACGAAUUAUCCAUAUUUUGUUGAAAUGCAUUGUAAAGAAAUCCAUCCAUAUUUGUAACCUGUUACGUUUUCUGUUGUAAUGGGAUACCUGCAAGCUGUCGGACUCUGGACUACGUAUGGUGCCUUCUGGGAUGGCAAAGAACAUUAGAAGACUCAUUACCUACAAAUUUAGAUGUAUAGUUGCCUUAGUUGGGGGGGGGGGGGGGGGGUAUUAAAGUAAAACUAAAUCCAAUUCAAAUUUUAUAUUUUUUAGAAUAAAAAUGGAAAUAAACUACUAGAAGAAAUGAAAGAGAUCGCCAACACAUCAUAAAAAUGUUCUUGUUUGGGUUUUUAUUUUAUUUUUUGUUUAUUAUUGUUCAAAACAUUUCAAUUGAUUAUUUUGGACGAAAUUUUGCUUAGCUAGAUGACUUUGAAUGUAAUUGCUAGUAAUUAACAUUGUAUGUAAUGGGUCCCCAUUGCCAUGUUUAUAUGGGUAAUGAAAGAGUUUAUUGUUUGUUGAUCAUGUGACUUAUUGUUAUAGUUUACUGUGUUCAUUAACUUCAUGCAUUUUGGUUAAGAUUAAGAUUGGGGUUAAUGUUGGGGUAUAGGGGGUUUUACGAGAUGAAGAACAAUCUUGUCAAUGUCACUUUCAGUGUCACAUGGUUUUCGUAAGCGUGGUAAUCACGUUUAAAAUAUGCUUUAAAGAUUGAAAUAUAUUUGAAGACCUAUUGAUCAAUUCUUUGUGUUUAACUCCUACUUUUUAUGUGUCCAAAGCUUUCUGACAAAAUUUGAUAUUAAUGCUGAAUAUCUUUGUUGAAGUGAAUGAUUCAGUGACAGAAUUUUUUAUUUAUCUUGUGACCAUACCCAAUGUUGUCUGAUAUUUAUGAAGAAAUCACUAAAUGCCAGCAACAUUUAUAUUAUUUUUUUACAUUGAUACUUUGUUUAAUUCAAAACUAUUUUUUAAAAGGGGGGGGGGGGGGUAUGUGAGGGUGACAUCUCUUUAUUUUAUUCACUGCCAAGAAGUUGAAUAAUUUUUAUGUAUCCCAGCAUAUUAUUAACCAAUUUUGUGUUCAUUUUACAACAGAUAUUUUAGUAUGAACUUGUUUUUUGUAAUUUUACAUCAGAAACACUUUUAUUACAUUGAUAUAGGCUGGCCCAGGGGAAGACCUCUUUGUGCACUCCUAAAUUACUUACUAGGUUGUAUGUUUGCAGAGACAAACUUUAUUUUAUUUCAAAGGUUGUUGAACAAUAUACAUUUUUUUUUGUCAGUUUGAAUUGUAUUAUAAAAUGUUCAUGUAUUAUUAAUAUUAAAAGGUUGUCCAACUUUCCUCACCAGACAAAACUGCUACCUUAAAAAAAAAUGUCCCUAAGAAAACUCAUUAUCAAAUUAUUUUGAUUGGAAACUAGAAAGCUGCAAUACCCUAAGUAAAUCUCUUCCAAUGGGGCCCCCACAUCUCACACAGCGAGUAUACUCUCUUGAAGUUGUCAAUUACAGUCAGCAUUUCCCUCUACACGGUAGUAGUUUUGUGUAUAUAGUAUUUUUUUUUUUUUUGGACUUUUUGUUUCUUUGAUUUCUGUCAUGCUGUUGAUCAUGAAAUUGUUGAAAUGUUGAGCAGAAAGGUAUGAUGUUUAUAUUUGUAAUGAAUUGUUGAAACUUUUUCUUGGAGUAUUACAUUGUGACCUAAGGAAUAGGAGAAAUAAAUGACCUUACAGCUUCCA